UACUGGGAAAUAAUGCCCCCAAAAACGCAGCUCGAUGUGCAGCUGAGCAAGAAGCUAUCCUGGUUGCUGCGGCACGGUGCAAAGUCUGAGGGAAUUCCAAUCCGGACCGAUGGAUUCGUUGGCGUCACCGAUUUGCAGGAGCACCCGCGAUACAAAUCGUUCACUUUGGAGAAACUACAAGAGAUUGCAUCUGCCGACUCCAAGCAUCGAUACACUCUUCGCUGGAAUCCCGAAUUCCGCGACCACGAGAUUCGCGCCAAUCAAGGGCACUCGUUGGCGGUCGUGGAAAGCGAAGCUGGCGGUCUGGAGAGGAUUAACCAUAUGGAACAGAUUCCCUUGGCAGUGCAUGGCACCUAUUACCGGCACUGGGAGGCAAUAAGGACCCAAGGCCUAGGCAAGAUGAAGCGCAACCAUGUGCACUUUGCCAGCAGCGAGAAGACAAAUUGCGUCUUAAGUGGUUUCCGCAGCGAUUGCCAGAUUUUGAUAUAUUUAAACGUGGAAAAGGUGCUGGCCGAUGGCAUACCCAUCUACCGCUCCAGCAAUAAUGUACUGCUUUGCCCAGGAAGCAAUGGCUUCAUACCUAAAUCGUAUUUCCUAAAGGUGGUGGACAAACAAACGGGGCAGGCCCUAACUUACUGAUCA